CAGAUGUCCUACACCAGAUUGCACAGUAAACCCGCGUGGAUAUGCAGAGUGCGAACUUUAAUUAGGUAGCCUAUUUGCACAAUAUAUAAACCUUUGAAUUAUGCGAUAAAAUAUCCCGCAGAGAACAAUUAUCUAUCACCCGAUUGAAUGCCUGAGCGAAUUCAGAGUGGGACCAGAGAAAGAGGGGAGUUUCUCAUACACUUUUAGCCGGAGGACUGCGGCUGGAAAGAGAAUGCUGGAGAGAUUAUGUGUAGCGCCCCCUUGUGUGGAGGAGGAAUGACGAUGCCUCUUCGAUGAGAGCCAUGGAGCUGAAAGUGUGGGUGGAUGGAGUGCAGCGGAUCGUAUGUGGUGUCACAGAGCUCACCACGUGCCAGGAGGUGGUCAUCGCCCUGGCCCAGGCCAUUGGGCGUACUGGCAGGUACACGUUGAUCGAGAGAUGGCGGGAGACGGAACGUCACUUGGCCCCGCAUGAAAACCCUGUGGUGUCCCUCAACAUGUGGGGCCAGUAUGCCAGCGACGUGCAGCUGGUUCUCCAGCGCACCGGCCCCUCCCUCAGCGAAUGUCCCAACUCCGACGGCGUAUCCCGUGUGCCCGAGCGCGGCCUCUACCGCCAGAGCCUGCCUCCUCUGGCCAAGCUGCGCCCAUCGGCCAAUGACCGCUCGCUCCAGCGUCGGGAGCCCAAGCGUAAGUCCCUCACCUUCACGGCCAAGGGCUUGAGGGAUAUUUUUGGGAAGGGCAGAGAUGCUGAUGCCAAGCAGCAGCAGAGAGCACUGAACCAGGGCAGGGGGGUGGUGUCUGUGCCCCUCAGUCCAGCCCGGGAGCUGGUGCGCCUGGUCCAGCUGCAGAAGGACAAGCUCCAGUUACUGGAGAACCGGCUGCAGGGCCCCGAGGCAGAGCUACACGGCUGUGAGAGCGGUGAUGUUGGCAUGUGCAUCGAGGGUCAGGAGGGCAUUGGCGUGCUGGAGGAGGAGCUGGUGCGUCUGGAGCAGCAGCUGCGGAGGAAUGAGGUGGAGAUGUCCGAGGAGGAGUUCUGGCAGAACGAGCUGCAGAUCGAGCAGGAGAGCGAGCGGCAGCUGAGGGAGCAGCUCCAGGAGCUGAUUGGACGGGUGCGGGAGUGUAAAGCCCGACUGGGGGAGUACCUGACCCGUAUCCAGGGCAUGGAGGCUGGCCUGGAGCAGGAGACUGAGCAGUGCAGGCAGGUGGACGAGGAGGAGGCCUGGGCCCAGCUGGGGAAGGUCAGGGCGGAGCUGGAGCAGCAGGUUCAACACAGAGUGCAGCUGGAGAGCAGCUGCAGGGCAGUGGACCGCUCACUGGGACAGUCCAGCAAGAAACUACAGGAGAAGGAGCAGGAGUUGGAGCAGUUGACCAGGGAGCUGAGACAGGUGAACCUUCAGCAGUUCAUCCAUCAGACUGGCACCAAGGUCAGCAUUCUACCAGCCCAGCCCAUUGACCAGGAGAAUAACACAGACCUCCAAUCAGGCUUGCUGAAACGUCUGGGCUCCUCCCGCCUCCUCCCCAGCAACCUCCGAGCUCUGCAGAGUCCAGUGUCUUCAGGCUUCAACCAUGAGGGCAUCUACGUCUGACCCCUGACCUUUACCUUCUGCUGCCUACCAUCAGUGACCCUAUGCUGGAGUUGAGUCGGCUUCUCCCCUGGAGGAGCCAUCUCUUAUUUCUAUUGGAGCUCCACCAGAGGAGGCUGGUGGAAGGAGCUAUAGGAGGAAUGGCUCAACGUAAUGGCUGGAAUGGAAUAAAUGGAAUGGUACCAAACACAUGGAAACAACCAUUACAAUGAGCACUUGCGCUGGCAGCUCAUCCCCUAGCCUCCUCUGAUCUCCACCCUGUCCUCCCACAAUGCCAUCCUUCCCCUUCUCUCUGCUGCGUUUCCUCCAUCUUCUAUGAGAACACACAGAGACCCCCAACAGUUUUGUCAAGACUAUAGGAUUUAGAAUGUUUGCCUUGUUUUGGCUGUUCUGCCACUGGUAGAAAGCUGGAGAGCUCGACCAUGUUCUUGCUAUGCUUUUUAAACAGUCAUGCAUAUUUUGAGGUACAGAAGGCCCAAUUUCAAACAGAACGUUUUAGCCUCACCUCUGUGCACUUCUCUAUUUCCUCUCGAAGACCUACAAGGACUGAGUAGAUGCGAGAAAUAUAGUAUUAACACCACCUAGCACUCUGUUACCUUCAUAUAGCAAGCUAAUGGACUAGUAAAGUGCACAAUCACAGUCAUGUGAUGACUUAACUAAAGAGUCCACUGCUGCCCCUGGCCCUGGCCAACCAUGAGGAAAUCCAGCUGUUUGUAGGGGUUGAGAUAAAGAAAGUCCCUUGGAGAUCAUGCGAUAUAGAGGAAAUUAAAAUAUCUUCAGACAACCAUGAUUUACAAAGACAGAGGUCUCAAAAGUCUAAUGGCCAUUUGUUACAGAAACAGAAUGGGUCAGAAAACCAUAUUUUAUACAGAUAGGCCACCUUGUGUGAGAGCUGUGGUGUGUAGCAGAGCCAUAUCUGACUGCCUUAAAGACUUUAAGAACAGUAAAGGCUGUUAUAACAGAUACUUAUAGUCAUGGCAGCUAUGCUCCAGAGAUCUGAUGCACCAUUUAUGGUCAACACAGCAGUCUAGUGACUAAUUGUUGAUCAGUUUUGUGAUUUUUUUAUUUUUGUGACUGAUGUCAAUAGCUGUAUAAUCUGGUCUGCCACUGAGUGGCAGAAUACAUCUCAUAAAAGAUUUCGCUAGGAUCUUAAUAUUGGUCAUUUGAUAUUGAUUAUACUUGCAAAAAUAUUACAUUAUGCAAUUUAUGUGGUUACUCACUUUCAUCAUUGGUAUCUUUUAGUAUGCUGUAAGUUUACCGUUGCACUUUUAGUUUGGAAGGGCCUGUAGUAGAAUUUGUACUUACCACUUAGUUUUUAGAGAUAAUGUCUUGUUUGUGUUGUGGUUUUCUUUUAUCAUAUGUAACCUCUUGAAUAAUUGUUGGUUUGUCUAUUGUCUUACAUGGCUAAUAAUUUUUCUGAAGUUAAAAAGAUGUCUCACAUGAACCAAAGCAAGUUAGACAAUGUGAUUGGUGGCGGUCAACCUGAAUGUACUUAAUUUGUUAAAACAUAACAUGCUCUGUAAAUACCUUUACAGGGGCCACUGUAUCUGCCUCCACUUUAAAAGUGAUGCAUUUGUCACGGAGAGAGUUAUUGGACUGUGAAUGUAUCUGUCAAUAGAUCGAACUCCACUCUGUGGCUCUUCAGCCUCGUGGAGAGAGGACUGUGUGAGAUAAAAGGUUGUUAUUUGGUUGUGGACUAGUUGAUACCAGGGAACCCCACCAACAGCAAAGCCGGUGGAGAGGACUGUGUGAGAUAAAAGGUUGUUAUUUGGUUGUGGACUAGUUGAUACCAGGGAACCCCACCAACAGCAAAGCCGGUGGAGAGGACUGUGCGAGAUAAAAGGUUGUUAUUUGGUUGUGGACUAGUUGAUACCAGGGAACCCCACCAACAGCAAAGCCGGUGGACGCACGUCAAGGUCAUUAGACGGACCUAAAGCUCGUUCCAUUCAGUAUUAUUGAUGUCCUAGUUUGGAUCAUGAAGGGUUGAGCUGUGUCGUCAAAAUAUAACCAAACUGUAACCACCUAACACAAGAACAAUGGCGCUUAACAACGUACACAGCGUAGACUAUUAGCAUGCCUUACUGAAUUGUAAAUAAUCACUACAUAGUAUUGGAAUAUUUUUACAAUAUUUAAAAUAAUGCAUAAUGCUGACAAAGACAAUAGUUGUACAUAAUAUGAAUUAACUUUGGUUUUAUCCUGCUACUCUGUGGACAGCUUGGUGCAUGCACUGAUGGCUUGGUUUCAUUGAUGUUUUUGUAUUGUUGAAAUGACCAGAGGCUUACGAUGAUAGUGGAGUUAUAAGUAUGGAAGUAUAAUGUUUAUCACAGUGUAUGUUACUGACUGCAUGGCUCUGUCUUCUACAGUGGCAUGUCUUGGUCCCAGACCAGUGCAUUCACUCAAAUAUGUCAGAGGACACCGAAAUGCAAACUGUAAAAAAAAUAGGGUUUUUAAACCCUAAAAAGUGCCCCAUCUAAUGGUGGUUAUUAGACACAACCUACGAAUAAAGUCCCAAAGAUGCAGGGUCGUUUCACCUCAAAAAGCACGAGGAUUUCGACACCCACCAUCUCAGGUUUUUCUGACAUUUUUUCUGUAGUGAGUAACAGAUUCGAUUAGCAUUCCUGAAACAUUAUUUUUUAUUAAAUUCUAUUUCAAUAAAAUAAUGUUUUAGGAAUACCAAUCUUACCUGUUUCUAACAAACUAUUUCUGAACAAUCUGAGAUGGUGGGUGUCAUUGCUCGCUGAAAUGACAUGGAAUGACUGCACUGAAAACUAAUCUACGCAUCUUUUAGGACUGUUCUUAAAUGUUGCACCAACUGAGUAUGGUGUUCUCAGAAGUCUUUUAAGGGCCUGUCUUCGUAAACAUGUCUGAAAUCAACGGUUUUCUAGACACAGAUUGUUGGCUGGAUUCAAUCUGUAGCGCUCUAGAGCGAUUGAAAUGUUUAUAUCAUUUUUUAUUGAGCCGACAUAUGCAGCGUUUACCAUGAAUGCGGUCUCCACGAACGCGGGAACAUUACCUUUACAUUUCUAUUGUGCAGCCAAAGACAGUAACGUAAGCAUAAACUGCUUCUCCAAAAUAAAUACCUGCCCACACUUGUAGGCGAUGUCAUGGCAACGUUGGAAACACUUCAUCGGGUCUAACGGUCAUUUCUCACCGUACUGCGCAUGUGCGGGUCUCAAAUCAAAGGCGCAAAAAUAAAAACGUGUCAGUUUGUCACUUUCACGAGGUUGGAGUAAUAACAUGUUCAAUUUCUUAAAAUAUUGCCUCGAAGCUAGGUUGUGCCUUUAAAUUGAGAACUAAUUCAUAAUUGUUCACUUCUCUCAUUGACUUCUCAAACCACAGCCUGGUUUGCUUGGUCUGUUUCGCAAGCUUUCCCGGAAGUCUCUGGGUUUAGAAACUCUGUGGCGCAGCUCUUCAACGAUACGGAUUAAAUCCUGCCUUAAACCUAGUUUUGGAUUGAGAUGGACGUUCAAUAGAGAAUCGCCCGUGAACACAGUUUAUAGUCUCGGACUAGGCUGACGAUAUGUCCGGGAAACCAGCCCAAAGAGUAAAUGAUUGGAAGGAAGUUCUGCCAACAUGUCGGACGGAGCUGUCAUGUAUGAGAAUUACAUGUUCUACUUCUUUUUCCCCACAAACAUCUGAGAGAAAUGACUUUGCCACAUCCAUGACAUCAAUUGUAAUAAACUGAUAUUAUAUGAAAUGCUUAAUACA